AUGCGUCCCGCAUGGGGAGCCUCUCCUGACCCUCUGCUCGUCUUUGUUCCCCCUCUCACCCCCUUGCAGACCAAACAGUACCUUGUUUCGUUGUACCCUAGAUGCCCUUCGUCGCUGCUGGAUGUCUACACCCCUCGCCUUGAAUCGACGUAUUCCAAAUACAUUGAUCUCUUGUAUAUGGUAUGUGCGGAGGUGACCUCGGAUCCCAAGCACCUGUCAUAUAUCGCAUCUGCACAUUGGCCCGGGUUUAUCGCACCAGUUGUGCAAGAGUGGAAAGCUCUUUACUGCGAGCGUCAGAGAGUAACUGAAAACACUGAAGCUUCGUUCCAGUCGACCCCGCCUCCUGACGAGCGAUCCACUCACACCUCCCCUUCGGACAUGGAUAUGGAUGAGCUCGCAGAAAAAUCAGGCGAAGAGCUCAACGUUUUAUAUCCUGUCCCAACAAAUGACGAUUUUCAUCGGCUCUCUAGGCGAUCUAAUAAGGGCCUCGUCUCGGCCCUCCACACACUCUAUCCUCGCCUCAUGAGUGCUCCCCAUUGGGCCGAGCUGAACGCUCCUCCCAAAACACUCCGUCUUUCUGACACUUUAGCAUUUAGCCAAAGUAUUUCCACGUCCCCCUCAAAGCAAAAGAAGACGGAGGAAGACACGGCCCUAGGGAAUCUCACUCAAAGGCUUACUUGGCGUGCCAAGUUGAUGCUCGUCGCCAGCUAUCUUGCCAGCCUAAAUCCAUCUAAAACUGAUGCGAGGUUGUUCGAACGAUCGGCGGAUGGCGGUAGAGUGCGCCUCAAAAAAGGGGGCGGAGCUCGGAAAUCACCCACUAAGUCAAAAGGGGCUGUGGCUGGUGCAGCCUCUAAGUUACCGCGGCACCUUACAGGUCCUUCCGUCUUCCCGCUUGAUCGGUUCAAAGCGAUCUUUGAAGCCCUGAUACUCGAACAUGGUGGAGAUCAGGCGGAUGAGGAAGAGUGGUCUUCCACCGAAGCAAGUCGCGUACAGGUCCUUGCGUGUAUGUCGGAACUUGUCCAGAUGCAGCUCAUUCAACGCGGAAGCCCCAGUUCGGAGGAUAAGCUCGAAGGAUCCACGACGUUCAAAAGUAAUGUCACUACUGAGUUAGCGCACGAAAUUGCUCGGGAGCUUAAGAUCGACCUUGGGGGCUAUCUGUGCGAUGUCUUCAAUUGA